AUGCACACGAUUAAGCUCUUUCUUUUUAUUGUUCCUCUAGUUAUUUCUUCCAAAAUUGACCAAGACUAUUCAUCAUAUGAUUCUAUGUCUCCAGAGCCAAAAUCAAGAUUUGCUAUGUUAGAUGAUGUAAAAAUUUUAGCCAAUGGCCUCCUUCAGUUAGGACAUGGUCUUAAAGACUUUGUCCAUAAGACUAAGGGCCAAAUUAAUGACAUAUUUCAAAAACUCAACAUAUUUGAUCAGUCUUUUUAUGACCUAUCACUGCAAACCAAUGAAAUCAAAGAAGAAGAAAAGGAACUUAGAAGAACUACAUCCAAACUACAAGUCAAGAAUGAAGAAGUAAAGAAUAUGUCACUUGAACUCACCUCAAAACUUGAAAGCCUCCUAGAAGAAAAAAAUCUACUUCAACAAAAAGUGAAAUAUUUGGAGAAGCAAUUAACCAGUUUAACUAAAAAUCAACCUGAAAUCCAGGAACACCCAGAAAUAACUUCACUUAAAAAUUUUGUAGAACAGCAAGAUAACAGCAUCAAAGACCUUCUCCAGACCGUGGAGGAACAAUACAGACAAUUAAAUCAACAGCAUAGUCAAAUAAAAGAAAUAGAAAACCAGCUAAGAAGAACUGGUGUUCAAGAAUCCACAGAAAAUUCUCUUUCUUCUAAACCAAGGGCACCAAGAACUACCCCUUUUCUUCACUUGAAUGAAACAAAAAUUGUAGAACAUGAUGACAUUCCUGCUAACUGUACCACCAUUUAUAACAGAGGUGAACAUACAAGUGGCAUCUACUCCAUUAGACCCAGCAACUCUCAAGCUUUUAAUGUCUACUGUGAUGUUAAAUCAGGUAGUUCAUGGACAGUGAUUCAACACCGAAUAGAUGGAUCACAAAACUUCAAUGAAACCUGGGAAAACUACAGAUAUGGUUUUGGGAGGCUUGACGGAGAAUUUUGGUUGGGUCUAGAGAAGAUAUAUUCCAUAGUAAAGCAAUCUAAUUACGUUUUACGAAUUGAACUAGAAGACUGGAAAGACAACAAGCAUUAUAUCGAAUAUUCCUUUCACUUGGGAGAUCAUGAAACCAACUAUACAUUACACCUAGUUGAGAUUACUGGCAAUGUCCCCAACGCACUCCCGGAACACAAAGAUUUGGCAUUUUCUACUUGGGAUCAUAAAGCAAAAGGACAUGUCAACUGUCCAGAAAGUUAUUCAGGAGGCUGGUGGUGUCACGAUGUAUGUGGGGAAAACAACCUGAAUGGUAAAUAUAACAAGCCAAGAGCAAAAACUAAGCCAGAGAGGAGAAGAGGAAUAUAUUGGAAGUCUCAAAAUGGAAGGUUGUACUCUAUCAAAUCAACUAAAAUGUUGAUCCAUCCAACAGAUUCAGAAAGCUCUGAAUGA